AGUUUGUUUACGAGUCGCACCGUAUCAAAUCUUUGAUGAAGUUAAAUAUAAUUUUACCGUCGGGUUACACGAUUAACGACCAAGUUACCAUGAAUUGUAUUUUCAAUUUAAUUACUAGUCCAAAGUCAAUGUGCUUCCAAACCAAACAAAGGAUUUCACUCAGACCUAAACGCCUAUAAAAUCAAAAACACACGGUUUCACAAACUCGACCGCCUAUAGCAAAACCACACCGAGCCAUUAAAGAUUUUACGCGGACGCCAGCCAAACAACCCAUUUCUAAAUUGCAACGAAUAAAACUAAGAAACACACAUCCGAGGCUUCCAUUACCCCUGACACAGUAUCAAAUCGUAACCCGAUCCUAAACUCGCGUUAAGACUAACCUGCUUCACGAAACGAUACGUGUAUCUCGCAAGAACAAAGAGUCGUUAAACCGCGUCAGUCGAGGAUUAUUCUUGGACAGCUCACGCGCGAUAAUAACGUAUUCAGUGAACACCGGUAGCCGGUCCGAAGCCGAGUGAACUCGCUCCGACUAUCAACCCCGUGCACUCGGGCCCUCGCUACGUCACCUCACCCCAUCGCCAAACUCGACGCCGAUUGGCCCAUUCGUUUUGCCGCGCUUUCUCAGACCAAGAAAUAAAAGCUCUACCGUGUUUCCGUCCCUUUCGCAAAGGACUUGUAACGCGGCGACAGAACGAGAAAGUCCGUCGAGCUCAACCGCUGCGGUUACAUGAUGUAAUCCGAUUGCAUAGAGACAGCAAGAUAGAGAUUCGACGUAGAGCGAAAGAGAAGAAAGCGUGGCGUGUGACGCUGAUUGUAGCAGUUGAGUGUGAAGGGAACGUGCUACUGUGCGUUGUACUAUUUAUAAUCAAAUAGGGUUUGUCUGUGUGCGUGUGUACGGACGAGAUGCACCGCACGCACACUGGCAGGCGUCCGCGUCGAGGCAAUGAUGUGCACGACGUAUUAUCCCUUAUUACACGACUCGCUUCCGCGGCCGCCGCACGUGCACAGUUGUCUGCCGACCUCCUCCGCCGAGCGGUGUUGUCUCGUCGCGUUCGCGUUUCGCGAACUGGACUUGGAAGUUUGUUUACAUCGAAUCGAGUUUGGGGCAAGCGCUGCAGCGUGCACCGGAUCUGUGCCAUCGGCCGCGUUCGCAGUUAUCGCAGUGAAUUACGGACAAUGUCGAACGUUUCACGGACUUUAGUACGCGCUAAAACUUUUCGUGUGGACUUGUGAUUUUUUUGUUGGACUCAAAACUGGUGAUCUUGGUAGAGCCAAAUUGAAGAAAGUGUUUGUAUGCCAUAGAACUAUUGUGCUAUUGUAGCGAAAAUUUCCGAAGUGUUAAAUCAAACUUUUCCAAAAUAGUGAAUUGAGUUUUUGGACAUUAAAAAAAUAAAAACUCAAGAAAAAUUUAAAAAGUUUUUUACCAACUUCUAAAAACUUUUCAAAAGUGUCUGCAAAAAAAAGAGCUGCAUCGCAUCAAUUCCGGACAAGACUGCUGAAACCACAUUGGCGCUGCAUCUGAGCUCACACUGAGCGACACGACGCCCAAACGGCACGACAGCAUUUAUGCAUACAAAACAAACAUCGGCGAUCUGUCCGCGCUUCUUCCGUAGAAAAGGGCGCUUCGUGCGACAGAGCAAACAGACAUGGCUAUAGCAUUCAACCUUCCGAGCGAGAGGGAGGCGAGCGAGGAGAACUUCUCACGGUUGAACCGUCUGUUGACUGAACUGUACGAGGUGCUGUGCCAUAUCCUGGUGGCGCGCCAGCCCGAGCCCCAGGAGCGCCGAGACCGUCCAUUCUCAGACUCCGACAUAGAAAGGCCAACAUUCUCCGGUCUACCAGAAGUACCUCCUCCUAGAAGGCCAGGGUCCGUGGUCUUCCCUCCACCAGCGCUGCUCAACAUAGACUCGGAAGACCUAGAAGACGAUGUGUUCGUCAGUCCCAGGUUCGAUAACGGCAACGAUCUGUUUUCCACACGGACCAUGGAGAUUUUUGGGAGCAGAUUCGGCAACCCCCGCACGCCGGCAGGGGUGCUGCUGAGUCCGCGCCGCGAGCGCCGGUUCACCUUCGCCGUCACCAGCGAGAAGCACUGGCGGGACAAGGGUGGGACGAGGGAGGAUGAUGACGCCGGCAUUCCUAUCAGUGACACUGAUGAGCCGGACGCGCCAUCGCCCGAGCCAUCGUCAUCGCCGAAGGACUCUACAUCAUCAGAAAGUUCAAUUUUCUCCUCCAUCAUGCCAGACAAGCUCUCUGGAUCCAUCUGCACAGCGGUUCUCUUCAUGCUUGGCUGGAAACUCCUUGCUAACAAUCGAUGAAUAAAUUCCAAAUUCAAAACCAAAAAGGUCAAUUCUAAAAAAUACGCCUGCGUUGACUAAUUAAAAUCGAUUAUUCUCGAGCUCACGUGGUUUUUAAAUACGGAUAUACUUUUUUCGUGUAACGACUGUUUUGAAAUUAAACGCACAUUUUACCUAUAAUGUUUUUAUAGUAAGUAUUAUACAAGAAAGUAGAUUGCACUAAAUGUUUGUGUCUUUUUGAUGUAGGUAGUUAAAACUACAUUCAUAUAAGUCUAUUAUUGUCUAUGACUGUUAAAAUGCAUCGGAUUUCUCGGUCAGUAAGUUUUUGGUCAGUAAUUUACUCUUGAUUACAAUGAUAAUUGACUGUAACAUUAAUCUUGCAUUUCUAAGGAGUUUGAUAUACCUACUAAAGUAUUCUAAAUGCAUUUGAGUCUGUUACUAUUAUAGCUCUUUACUGUAAAUCUGUCGGUACAUUUCCCUAAUAUAAUCCAUAAUAUGUUUCGUCAAAAUGAACAUUGUAUUAAAUUGUAAAUAAUAAAUAACUAUAUUUUCUUGGUUAAAGUACAUUCCGCUUUUGAUGUCUAAUUUUAUAAAUGUUUGUACUCUUUUAUAUAUUAUUAUUAAAAUAUAUUACAGUAGGCAUGUAAACUCUACAUUUAAUAUGUAGAAAAAGUAAAUGGAAAGGACCAUUUGAGAAGUCAAAAAAAUAUAAUAUAUUAUAUGUUUAAUAAAAAACAGUAACAUAAUAAUUAUAAAAAGUCUAUUUCCCUAUAAUUUGUUCCAAAGAGAGCAGCCUAAAAUUUCAUUGAUUGAUCUCAUUUAUUUUAAUAUUUUUUAAAUGUUUAAUUUAGAAAUAUUAUAACUUAUGUACGCCAUGACAGUUGGUGCCAAGUUUGUAAAGAAAAUGGAGAUUUUAACAGAGAAUUAUGAAAAUAUAUUUUAGUAAUUAAUUUUAAUUGUACAUAAUUUCAUUGUAGAAUUGAUUGAUUUUGCCCGUCAUUUACAUUUUAGAAGCAAUUUGUUUGAGUAAAUUAUGAUAAAUAGCUCAUUAUUGUGAUUUGUUUUGAACAAAUUUGAAAUGUCAGAGGCAAAAAUCAAUCCUAAAGAUAUUGGGAUGGCAUAGUUUAUAAGAUACCAUGUAUAAUCGUUCUAGUUUGUGCUAGUUAUAUAAAUAUAAUUAUACUCAGAGUGUAUUAUAAUAUGAUUAUGAUGAGGCUUGAUUGUUUCCAACUAAGAAAACGAAAAUAGAUGCAAAAUUUUCAUUGUAUUCUAAAGAAAAUUAUUGGACUAUAGAGCUUCCAUUAUGUUAUUGUAUUUUUGACGUUUCCUUAUGCCUGGUAAGUAAAGUUGGUUUUCCUUUGCUGCCGUCAAAUAUGCAUGGGAUUUGGAAUGUCUAAAAACCAAUAAUAUAAUGGACAGAGUAUAGUGACAAUUUUUUUUUCCAAGCUUGUAAUUUCGGGAACAAAAGUAAUGGGAUCAAAUUAUUUUAGUUAAUUUGUCACUUUUACUCGUAUUUCAGCUGAAAAAUAUAGAUUAUUUUCAGCAUUUAGGUUCAAAACAUGUAAAGAAGGAUGUGUUCAAAUGUGAUAUGUAUGUAUUUAAGGAGAGGAAUAAAUAAGAAUAAAGUUUUCCUAUGAUCUCUCGAAAACUCUUAUUUGCAGACUUUUGUUAUUUUUAUUUGUGUUAAAAAGUAAACGUUUAAAAAUAAUUAAAAAUUUAGGAUAUAAGAUUUAUUAUUUAACACAAGUUUAAAAUGACACAUUAUUGUGUAUUUGCAUUUAAGAGUUUUUUGUACAUAAAAUUGGUAUGCUAUUGCUGACAUUAAUAAAAACGCGUGUAGUAAAAUUCUAAAAUAAAAUGCUGCUUCUGCUGUGUAUUAAGCUAUGUAAUAACGUAUUUAGAUGGACAAAAUUAGAAACAUGCUGUAUUUAAAAUAAUUUGUUGAUCUCUCUAAGAUUAAAAAUAACUUUAAACGUCUUUAGGCGAACCGUGGACGGUUAGAUAUUUUACAUGUUUCUACUUUUGUCCAGCUAUUGUUUUCCUAUUGAUAAGUUCUGCAAUUUUUUUAAUGAUCAACAACAGACUUUCUGAGUACUUUUUGGUUCAAUAUAAUAUUUUUGUAAAUCUUUUAAAGAAAUUAUAAGAACAGCUUCGUAGAAAAUCAUAUUUGUUACAUAAAAUGUAUUUAAGUAGAAAUUAUGAAACUUUAAGCAAUAUUCUGUGGAUCGAUGAUUUAAAAAAAAUAUUAUAACUUUUCAUCAUUUGACUUUUAAUACGUAGUUUAAAUACGAGAUUUAAACUACCUUUAAUAUAUAAGCAAGAAAUUUUCUUGUUUUCUCAUUAUACACCUGAUAUUGUGUUUUUCAAAUUUGCUUUUUGUUUAUAAAUGCUCAUAGCUUUGUAAUUAGUUUUUUAUGUAAAAAUAAAUAGACAUAAUCCUAAAGAGUUACUUAAGUUUUAGUUUUAAAGUAUUUUGUACAUUUUCAUUUUGAUAUAAAACUGCCAAUAAUGAUUAUUAUACGCCUGUUUUCAAGU